AUGCCUGAUAAAAUGUCCAGCUUUCUCUACAUCGGGGAUGUGGUCUCGCUUUACGCCGAGGGCUCCGUCAACGGCUUCAUCAGCACCUUGGGCUCUAAGACCCACUUUGCAAAAUGUUUGCAGGCCGUGACACUAAUGGGAACCUUCCUCCUUGAGGCCGAAACCAUGCGCCACAUAUUCACCAACAAUUACCAUCUGUGCAAUGAAAUUAGCGAGCGGGCCGUGCAGCAUUUCGUCCACUGCAUCGAGACCCACGGCCGCCAUGUCGAAUACCUGCGUUUUCUGCACACCAUUGUCAAAGCCGAUGGCAAAUACGUCAAGAAAUGUCAGGACAUGGUUAUGACGGAGCUGGUCAACGGAGGGGAAGACGUCUUGGUGUUCUACAACGACAGAGCAUCUUUCCCGACCCUCCUCCACAUGAUGUGCUCCGAGCGAGACCGGGUGGACGACAGCGGCCCUUUGGUGUAUCACAUCACCUUGGUGGAGCUGCUGGCGGCUUGCACCGAGGGCAAAAACGUCUACACCGAGAUCAAAUGCAAUUCCCUCCUGCCCUUGGAUGACAUCGUGCGAGUCGUCACGCAUGACGACUGCAUCCCCGAGAUCAAGAUUGCGUAUGUCAACUUCGUCAAUCACUGCUAUGUGGACACCGAAGUGGAAAUGAAGGAAAUUUACACCAGUAACCAUAUCUGGAAGCUGUUUGAGAAUUUUCUGGUUGACAUGGCAAGGGUUUGUAACACCAGCACAGACAGAAAACACGCCGAUUUAUCUCUUGAAAAAUAUGUCACCGAACCAGUGAUGAGCAUCGUGAGCGGCUUUUUCAGUUCUCCCUUUUCAGACAACAGCACCAGUCUCCAGACACAUCAGCCGGUCUUCAUCCAGCUGCUACAAUCUGCCUUCAGGAUUUACAACUGUACUUGGCCAAAUCCUGCUCAAAAGACUUCGGUGGAAUCUUGCAUUAAAACGUUGGCCGAAGUCGCCAAGAACCGGGGCAUUGCCAUCCCAGUGGACCUGGAUAGCCAGGUGAAUACCUUGUUCAUGAAAAGCCACACCAACAUGAUCCAAAGGGCAGCCAUGGGCUGGCGCAUGUCCGCCCGGUGUGGCCCCCGCUUCAAAGAGCCCCUCGGGGGGCCUUCCUGGGAUUAUAGGAACAUCAUCGAGAAACUCCAGGACGUGGUGGCCUCUUUGGAAGAGCAGUUCAACCCUAUGAUGCAAGCGGAAUUUUCGGUCUUGGUGGAUGUCUUGCGGAGCCCAGAACUCCUCUUCCCGGAAGGGAGUGACGCUAGGAUUAGGUGUGGCGCCUUCAUGUCCAAGUUGAUCAACCACACGAAGCGGCUGAUGGAGAAGGAAGAAAAACUCUGCAUCAAAAUCCUUCAGACUUUGCGCGAAAUGCUGGAGCAGAAAGACAGCUUCGUGGAAGAGGGGAGCAAUCUGCGGAAAAUACUUCUCAACCGCUAUUUCAAAGGAGAUUACGGAGGGAGCCUCAACGGUCAUCUGGCUGGCAGCUACGGCAAACCCCUGCAGGGUGGAGGGACCUUCUCGGGACAAGAUGUGGACAAAUCCGGGGCGUCCAUGCACGAUAUUCAGUGCCUCUUGGAUAAAGAAGGGGCUUCGGAACUGGUCACCGAUGUCAUCGUUAGUACCAAAAAUGACCGGAUAUUCUCGGAAGCCAUCUUGCUUGGCAUCGCGUUGCUCGAAGGAGGAAACACCCAAAUCCAGUAUUCCUUUUACCAACAAUUAAACGAGCGGAAAAAAUCCGAAAAGUUUUUUAAAGUUUUGUACGAUCGGAUGAAAACAGCCCAGCUGGAAAUUAGGUCCACGGUGACGGUGAACACCAUUGAUCUGAGCAGCAAGAAGAAGGACGAGGACACAGACAUGACCAUCUCAGCUCCAAAAAAGAGAGUUAGAGACUCCACCCUCCACCUGAAGGAAGGCAUGAAAGGGCAACUGGCAGAAGCCUCCACCGCAACCUCCAAAGCUUACUGUGUGUACCGCAGAGAGAUGGAUCCGGAAACGGACUUCAUGGGCCCAGGAUCGGAGGCAGGAUGCGCGGAUGAAAAAUCGCCCGAAGAAACAACCAUGAGUCCUGUCAUUGUGAUAAUGCAACCCAUCUUGAGGUUCCUCCAGUUGUUGUGCGAGAAUCACAACCGAGAACUACAGAACUUUUUAAGAAACCAGAAUAACAAGACGAACUACAACCUCGUUUGCGAGACACUUCAAUUUUUGGAUUGUAUCUGCGGAAGUACCACAGGUGGGCUGGGACUUCUGGGCCUAUACAUCAAAGAAAAAAACGUUGCUUUGGUCAAUCAAACCCUUGAAAGUUUGACCGAGUACUGCCAAGGCCCCUGCCAUGAAAAUCAGAGCUGCAUAGCCAUGCACGAGUCCAACGGCAUUGACAUCAUCAUCGCGCUGAUCCUAAAUGACAUCAACCCCCUUGGAAAGUAUCGGAUGGACCUCGUGCUGCAGUUGAAGAAUAACGCCUCGAAGCUUUUGCUGGCUAUCAUGGAAAGCCGGCACGACAGCGAAAAUGCAGAGCGUGUCCUUUUCAACAUGAGACCGAAAGAGCUCGUGGAUGUUAUGAAGAACGCGUAUAACCAAGGCCUUGACAGCGAUCAAGAAGAGAAUGGAGACGACAAUAUUUCACCCAAAGAUGUUGGGCAUAAUAUCUAUAUAUUAGCUCAUCAGUUGUCCCGUCACAAUAAAGUAUUGCAACACAUACUGAAACCUGGGGCAGAUCCAGAAGAAGGAGAUGAAGCUUUGAAGUAUUACGCCAACCACACCGCUCAAAUUGAGAUUGUCCGCCACGACCGAACCAUGGAGCAAAUAGUCUUUCCCGUGCCAAACGUCUGUGAAUUCCUCACUCAUGAAUCAAAAUGCCGGGUAUUCAAUACCACGGAAAGAGACGAGCAAGGGAGCAAAGUCAAUGACUUUUUCCAACAGACGGAAGAUCUGUAUAACGAAAUGAAGUGGCAGAGGAAAAUUAGGAAUAAUCCAGUGUUAUUUUGGUUCUCUCGGCAAAUUUCUCUCUGGGGAAGCAUAUCGUUCAAUCUGGCCGUUUUCAUUAAUCUAGCGGUGGCCCUCUUCUACCCGUUCGGAGAUGAUGGGGACGAAGGCACUCUCUCUCCGUUAUUUUCCAUUCUCCUCUGGGUCGCUGUGGCCGUCUGCACGUCCCUCCUUUUCUUUUUCCCCAAACCAGUUGGAAUCCGGCCAUUUUUGGUCUCGGUCAUGCUCAGGUCUAUAUAUACGAUUGGUCUCGGGCCUACGCUGAUUCUCCUGGGUGCCGCUAACCUUUGCAACAAGAUUGUAUUUUUGGUGAGCUUUGUUGGCAAUCGUGGGACGUUCACCCGCGGCUACCGAGCGGUCAUCAUGGAUAUGGCGUUUCUCUACCACGUGGCUUACGUUCUCGUCUGUAUGUUGGGCCUCUGCGUGCACGAAUUUUUUUACAGCUUCUUGUUAUUUGACUUGGUUUACCGGGAGGAGACCUUGCUCAACGUCAUCAAAAGCGUCACGCGGAACGGGAGGUCCAUUAUCCUGACAGCUGUCCUAGCUCUCAUCCUGGUCUACCUCUUCUCCAUUGUGGGCUUCCUGUUUCUGAAGGAUGACUUCAUUAUGGACGUGGAGAGGUUGAAAAAUAAAACAUCCCUUACAAACAGCGGCACCGUCUCUACGACAAGCUUAACAACGAUGGUGGAAACGUGUUCGGCGGAGAACUGCACCGUUCCAACUCUCAAACCAGGUGAAGAUGGCGAGGAAGUCGGGAUGGAGAGGACCUGCGACACUUUGCUGAUGUGCAUCGUGACUGUGUUGAACCAGGGGCUGAGGAACGGUGGCGGAGUGGGGGACGUCCUUCGGAAGCCAUCCAAGGAUGAGCCGCUGUUUGCUGCUCGGGUGGUUUAUGACCUCCUCUUUUAUUUCAUCGUCAUCAUUAUUGUGCUGAACCUCAUUUUCGGAGUCAUCAUCGAUACGUUUGCCGAUCUCAGAAGCGAAAAGCAGAAAAAAGAAGAAAUCCUCAAGACAACCUGUUUCAUCUGCGGCCUCGAGAGAGACAAGUUUGACAACAAGACGGUUUCAUUUGAAGAACACAUCAAGUCAGAGCACAACAUGUGGCACUACCUCUAUUUUAUCGUCCUGGUGAGAGUGAAAGAUCCCACGGAAUAUACCGGACCAGAAAGUUACGUGGCUCAAAUGAUUGCGGAAAAAAACUUAGAGUGGUUUCCUCGGAUGAGAGCCAUGUCCUUGGUCAGCAACGAAGGGGACAGUGAACAGAACGAAAUCAGGAACCUGCAAGAAAGGUUGGAGACCACCAUGACUUUGGUCAAGCAGCUAUCCGGCCAACUCGCUGAGCUUAAAGAACAGAUGACCGAACAAAGGAAGAACAAACAGAGGCUCGGGUUUUUGGGACCCAACGCUCCCCACGUGAACCAUCACACUUCCCCGCACUGAUGUAACACACACACACACACACCGGAUUGUGACACUGCCUUUCAUCCCUGGAUCACGAGGCAGAAGAACUGAGGACUGAAGAGCGUUCUUUGUUCCACAGUUUUUCAUCCAGAGUGCCAAAAUGGAAGAAGCUUUCACUGCAUUUUAUGGUCAAAAGGGGCCGGGGUUUAAUACCCCCCCCCUCCUUACUGAUUCCGCGAAACAGGCCCUAAUCUUCAUUUUCGCUCCAUAAACAAACAAAGGAAAUGAGGGAGCAUCUCCGUUGACGCUCCGGCUUUUCAAUCGGGAUUCAUUCUCUUCUUUAAAACGAAAUCUGGUUUUUCUCCAGAAGUUGGAAGGGAAGAAGCUGAAAUCAGUUGAGUUGUUUGGAUGCCGUUCUGAGAAACUUUCUGACUCCGGCAAACUUUCUAACGUGAUGACGGCGUGCAGCGGCCGACACCACUUGUCGCUUUCGCAGGGUUUGGCUACCCUUGGUCCUUCUUUGUGCGUGGUGUUGUGGUCUUCCGGCAGUCCAAGCACAAUGCCGAUAACGCUCCAAGCAAUUCAUUCGUGUUUCAAGGAUGAGCGAUGCCGUCUCCUUCGUCCGCCAUCGAUGGUUUUUGCUUUGGAAAGGAGACUGGCGUGAACUGUUUUUGCCGUCUUGCCGUACGAUUCCAAAAAUCUGGGGCAAUGAAUCCACAGUUUUAAAUUAUUAUUUUUUUUUUUGCAUUUAGGAAUGUUGCUUCCCCAAAAGCAGGAGAACAGAUCCCUCGAUUCAACGAGAGAAUCGUAUCAAAUUGAUAUCAUUCCUCCUGGAUUCCGUGCCUGUACUUUUAAAAAGUGUCUACAACUGGGAAUUCCAAAUAUUGGCCUCGAAUCUAGAGUUAAAAACCAAGGCUGGGGUUAAGGAGAGGAAGAUCUCUUUCGUACAUCUUUAGUCUCAAAGAUUAAAUUCGGGAGGGCGAACGGGCUCGAAAGAUCUGUGCAGCAGAUGGAAAGCGGAUCCUUGUUUGUUCACAUUAAAAUUCAACUUUGAUGCUUCUUCUUUCUCCACUUGUGAUCAAGAUCUUCUUCCAAAUUAAUCCACACCUCUGUUGCUCUACCAAGAGACAAAUAUACUCAUUAUUCUACCCCAUGAUUCUACUAUUCUCCCUUCUAGAAGAGAGGACGUAUCUUACCCAAAAGAUAGUCCUCAACUUACAACAAUUCAUUUAGUGACCCUUCCACGUGACCGCGACACUGGCAGAAGUGACUUAUGACUGUUUUUCACACGACCGUCGCCGCCUCUCCAGAGUCACGUGAUCGAAAUUCAAAUGCAACUGGUUCAUAUUUAUGACGGUUGGAGUAUCCCGGGGGGAGUCAACGUGAUCCGUUUUUGUGACCUUCUGACCAGCAAAGACAAGGGGGAAAUCCCACUUCCUUUAACGACCGUGUUACUCACUUAACAAAUGCAACGAUUCACUUAACAACAGCGGCAGGAAAAGCCGCACCAUGAGGCAAAACUCACUUUACGAAUGCUUCACUUAGCAACAUCAACACCGGGCUCAAUUGUCAUCGUAAGGCGAGGAGUACCUGCACUCACAACCAUGAUUCAACGUUGUAGUUUUUCACUGAGUUGUCUCAGAGGGAGGAUUUAAUUCCUGAAUCCAGGUCGCCAAAUCUUAAGCGAGCACCGGGUCGAAUCAUAGCAGUAAUUUUAUUACCGUUAAAGUGUCUUCCAAAUUUUUUGCAGGUCAUUUCUGCGAGACAUCGAUUAUUAUCGUCUUUGGAAAAAUACUAAGCCCGAAAAGACUUUUAAGAGCUAACUUGACUUCCGUCAACUGGAAUGAAAUGCCUCUUUUAACAUUAAAUGUUGACAAAUCUGG